AGGUCACAGAGCCCCAAGGUGGCCUCAGGGAAGACAGCCCAACCCUGGGUAUGAACUUCGAUCAGAAAGCUGUGAAAUUCCUGGCCAAUUUUUAUAUCAAUGGAGGCAAACACUGGACGCAUGGCCCUCUGACACAGAAAAGGCCCGAAGGCACCUUGCUGUUCUGGAGCAUGGGUAAGAUGUGGCCCACUGGCAUGAAGAGGACCUCAGUCAGCCCUAGGUCCCCUAUGGGCUCCCCCGGGGAGUGCCCACCCACUUGCACGCGGACCCAGCGCGGGCUGCUGUUGGAUCAGCGCCCUCCAUUCCUGGCCGACCCAGACGUGCCUGGCCCUGCUGAGUACGUGCCCAGCGCCUUCGUGCGGGAAAGCUCCCCGCACCCUCACUACAGCAUUGGCUGCAGGCAUCCAGGCCCAGAUGGUGGUGGCCGCAGGGCGUGGCACAACGCGUGGCUGCAGAGUGAGAGCCCGUUCACACAGAAGGUGGACUUCAACAAUGAGCGCCAGUGGCCUUCGCCCACAGACCACGUGCCGUCCAGCCUGCCCACCGGCCCCGCUUUCAGCUUCGGUGGCUGCGCGAAGCCGGGUCCACCCCGGAUCCGGGGUCCCCGCGCACGCUCCCUGCUGCAGGACCUCCAGCGUGUCCCCGGUGAGCAGCGCCCCGGCCCCACAGCCUACGACAUACACGCCGGCUGCCGCCUCCAGCACCCGCGCUCGCCUGCCUUCUCCAUGAGCCGCGCGCCUGCCUUUGCUGCUUGGCUGCGUGCUUCCUGCACACCUGGUCCGGCGACCUAUGACGUGGAGGACUGCUACGAUGUGCGCUUCCCCUCAGCGCCUAGGGUAGUCAUUCAGGGCGUACGAAGACCCAAGCGCCAUGACACAGGCCCCUUCUGUGCGCUCUAGGGUCCGCUGGGCUCAGCCAGCCCUGCUGAUUGCCUAGUGGACCCCUGGCUUCCCUUCAGCUCUCCCAGGCCUCCUUCUGGAUCAUGGGCAUCGCAAUCCAGGCUGGACCCUGACCUCUAGGUACCUCAGACCCAUCCUCCCAUUGGGAACCUUGCUGUGGGCUGUGGGCAAGGAGAGCCCGGACCAGGUGCCCAUCCCCUGCCCAUCCCCUUGCUGUACUGAGAUGCAAUUGGUUCUUGAACUCAGUGUGGGCCUGGCUGCUGUCCCUUGCCCAGUGGGCUGUCCUGAAAAUGUAAACAUCUUCCCUGUGUUUUUAUCUUUUCUCUGGCGGUUCUAAUUUUCCCCAUUUGGGGUGUGCAUUUGGCUGACCCUGCAGAGAGUGUUUUCUUCUGGGGUAAUUGGGGUUUUAGUCUGGGGAUGACCUGGAGCUUGCUGGCUGUGUCACCCCAAGGGGACUGG